AAACCACAAAGAAGAGGAAAGUUUUAAUUCUGAGAAACUUCACUGAGGAGCUUUUUUUUUUUUUUAACUUCUAAAAAUAGAGAGGAAAUGAGCCUCUUUGGGUCACUCUAGUUGCCGCCUCCCCCCGCCCCAUGCCUGCCCCCGCUGCCCACUCAAGGCCAGCCUCUCACAGUGGGUGACUGAGCUGUCUUCAGUGGAAGCCCGAGGCAGAUGCCACGCAAUUCUGGAGCUGGAUACGGCUGCCCACACGGGGAUCCCAGCAUGCUGGACAGCAGAGAGACCCCACAGGAGAGCCGGCAGGACAUGACUGUGGGGACCACCCAAGAAAAAUUGAAAACCAGCUCACUGACUGACAGGCAGCCACUCUCCAAAGAGUCCCUGAACCAUGCUCUCAAGCUCUCAGUGCCAGAGAAGGUGAAUAAUGCCCAGUGGGAUGCUCCAGAGGUGGCACUGUGGACGACUCGGGCCGAUGGGCGAGUGCGCCUACGCAUAGACCCCAGCUGCCCACAACUUCCCUACACUGUGCAUCGAAUGUUCUACGAGGCCCUGGACAAGUACGGGGACUUCAGCGCUCUGGGUUUCAAGCGCCAAGACAAGUGGGAGCACAUCUCCUACUCCCAAUACUACCUGCUCGCCCGCAGAGCUGCCAAGGGCUUCCUGAAGCUUGGCCUGGAGCGGGCCCACAGUGUGGCCAUCCUCGGCUUCAACUCCCCGGAGUGGUUCUUCUCAGCAGUGGGCACAGUAUUUGCAGGUGGCAUUGUCACCGGCAUCUACACCACCAGCUCCCCCGAGGCCUGCCAGUACAUCGCUUAUGACUGCUGCGCCAAUGUCAUCGUGGUUGACACGCAGAAGCAGCUGGAAAAGAUCCUGAAGGUCUGGAAACAGUUGCCACAUCUAAAGGCAGUCGUGAUAUAUAAAGAACCUCCUCCAAACAAGAUGGCCAAUGUGUACACGAUGGAGGAAUUCAUGGAGCUAGGGAAUGAAGUGCCCGAGGAAGCCCUGGACGCCAUCAUUGACACCCAGCAGCCCAACCAGUGCUGUGCGCUAGUCUACACUUCCGGCACCACUGGGAACCCCAAGGGUGUGAUGCUGAGUCAAGACAAUAUCACGUGGACAGCACGAUACGGCAGCCAGGCCGGUGACAUCCGGCCGGCAGAGGUCCAGCAGGAGGUGGUAGUCAGCUACCUGCCCCUCAGCCACAUUGCUGCCCAGAUCUACGACCUGUGGACAGGCAUCCAGUGGGGGGCCCAGGUCUGCUUUGCUGAACCCGACGCCCUGAAGGGGAGCCUGGUGAACACGCUGCGGGAGGUGGAGCCCACAUCGCACAUGGGGGUGCCCCGGGUGUGGGAGAAGAUCAUGGAGCGCAUCCAGGAGGUGGCGGCUCAGUCUGGCUUCAUCCGGCGCAAGAUGCUGCUGUGGGCCAUGUCGGUGACCUUGGAGCAGAACCUCACCUGCCCUGGCAGCGACCUGAAGCCCUUCACAACCAGACUGGCAGAUUACCUGGUGCUAGCCAAGGUCCGCCAGGCACUGGGCUUUGCCAAGUGUCAGAAGAACUUCUAUGGAGCAGCCCCCAUGACAGCAGAGACACAGCACUUCUUCCUGGGCCUCAACAUCCGCUUGUAUGCAGGCUACGGCCUCAGUGAGACCUCAGGCCCCCACUUCAUGUCCAGCCCCUGCAACUACCGGCUGUACAGCUCAGGCAAGUUGGUGCCCGGCUGUCGGGUGAAGCUGGUGAACCAAGACACAGAGGGCAUUGGCGAGAUCUGCCUGUGGGGCCGCACCAUCUUCAUGGGCUACCUGAACAUGGAGGACAAGACGUGCGAGGCCAUCGAUGAGGAAGGCUGGCUGCACACGGGCGACGUUGGCCGACUGGAUGCCGAUGGCUUCCUCUACAUCACUGGGCGCCUCAAAGAAUUAAUCAUCACAGCUGGUGGGGAGAAUGUGCCCCCUGUGCCCAUCGAGGAGGCCGUGAAGAUGGAGCUACCCAUCAUUAGCAACGCCAUGCUGAUUGGGGACCAGAGGAAGUUCCUGUCCAUGCUGCUCACCUUGAAGUGCACUCUGGACCCAGACACCUCUGACCCGACUGAUAAUCUGACUGAACAAGCUGUGGAGUUCUGCCAGAGGGUGGGCAGCAGAGCCACCACAGUGUCCGAGAUCGUAGGGAAGGACGAGGCUGUGUACCAGGCCAUCGAAGAGGGGAUCCGGAGAGUCAACAUGAAUGCGGCAGCCCGGCCCUACCACAUCCAGAAGUGGGCCAUUCUCGAGAGAGACUUCUCUAUUUCAGGUGGAGAGUUGGGUCCCACGAUGAAACUGAAACGGCUCACAGUUCUGGAGAAGUACAAAGAUAUCAUUGACUCCUUUUACCAAGAGCAAAAACUGUAGUCAGGGCCCAUGCUUGCAGUUUCUACAGAAUAGAGAGCAGGCGUUCCGAGCCUCUUCCUGAGCCCCAGGUCUCUUCAGUCUGGACACAGGCAUUUCUGGCAAGUCUGUUAGAUCUCCAGGUCAGGGCACAGCACUGGCUCCACAUUUACCAGGUCUUACGCCAACAAUAGCUGACAAUUCCGACAAGCUUCACGUGUGGGUAGUUUUAAUUCAGUUUAAGUAUUGCUUUUUGUUCAGGUGACAAAUGAGGUCAACUCUUCUUCUAGAACGAAAGGGCUGAUAAUUUUUGGCCUUAGUUCCAAGUAGAUUAAAAAGCUGCUAGCUCACAUACAGGACAGCCAGCAGCAGGCUGUGGAGGGUGUGGGAGGGAGAUGGCUGACACUGCUCGUGUGCACUGCAGGAAAAGCAAUCAGUUACAACUUACCUAGCGACCUGAAUUACUCUGGAAUCGCGGUGGGCAUCGCCAACCCUAUUAUUCCAUUACCAGGCACUCCUCUGCCACACACAUGCCAACUGACCUGAUGCUUAAUAAAACUGCUGCUGCUGGUUUGAUUCUAUUUAAUGUAUAAUUUGAAUAUUAAACCUUUUAACAGAACUGUCAA